GGCUACCAGGUGCUACAUCUGCAGUCCCCCAGGUUGGAGGUCUUGCAGUUUCACCUCCACCGAUCCUUGAUCUUUCACCCCUGCAAUUGCACCAGCAUGGAGAGAUUCGUCUGUAACCAGACUAUGUUUGUAUCGAUGGAGCGCCGGAACCGCGUCAUCGACGCUGCCGUGCUACGCGAUGUGGCCACCGCGGUGUAUCCCAACGUCUCGGUCCCGGUCUCGGGGAACGACUCGGAGCAGAUCUUGAUGGUGCCGGUGUCACAGGGCAGCCUGGGCCGCGAGGAUAUGGCUGAAGCCACCUGCGGCUUCAGCGUGGUGUCGCCCUUGAGCAUCUUCGUGGCUUUAAGGGGACCACCCUUGAAGUUGGAGGAGGAUGGAUCGCUGUACUUGGCACAGCGGCUCUACCUGGAGGGCCACGUGCCGGGGCCCUUUUGGUUCACCCUGGGAGCCGAGAACAGCAGCAUCAGCGCUGAGGGCCCCGGGAUUUUCUCCAAUGGCACCAAGAGCUAUUUGCAGCUGAAGGUGAACUCUAUCGAUGAGCUCCUGGCCCUGCUGGGCAUUAUGGAGGUGCAGCUCCGAGCACCGCAGGACUUCUGGGGCACCGACAGCCUCUACGUCAGUGUGCGAUCUGCUCUGGAGCCAGCAAACGCCUCGAAUGUGGCGGGGGUUUCCCUCACCUUGGAGCAGAACUACUCGAUGCUGGUGGAAGUGCUUCCUGCCGCCGAUAAGCCCCAGAUCACAGUCCAACACGGUGGUGCAGAGGUGGCACAAGCAGGAUCACCUCAUCACAUCAAUGCGAGUAUCGCCUAUGUUGACUUUGGUUCCGAGGACUUCGCGCGGGUGCACGUCCGGGCGCCCUUUGGCAGCCUGAGCUUUCCAGAGCUCGAUGUUCUGAUGGACGUGAACCAGUCCUCCUCCCUUGGCGACUUGGCCACGUUGACGGAAUUCUUCGGGGAACGCGAGUUCGAAAGCGACGCGGAGGAGGAGUUUGUGACCCGUGUCCCAGCGCGGGAUGGGCUGUGGCCCACGGUGUCGCGCUACGAAACCUCCACCGCUGAUGGCUUCACCCUUGCGGGGACGGUCUCUGCCCUGAAUCAGGUCCUUUCGCAGAUCCAGCUGACGCCUCCCCCGGACUCGCCCAACUCCGGCAGCGUCAGCGUCACGUUGCAGCGCACGCCGUCCUCCGUGGAGUGGGAGUCGCUCUUCGAGCCCGGCACCUUCGAUGCGGAUGCCGCGUUGUUCUCGGGGGAUCUGGCCCUGUCCAUUGAGCCGCUGAAAAAGUCGGAGUUCACCUGUUUCGUUCAAGGUCCUGCUGCGACCUUCGUGGAUCCUGGAAUGGACUCCAGGAACAUGAACAUCACCGUCUAUGCCGAAACCUCGGCUUCCAGCCUCGUCACCGAGGAGAUCGCCGCGGAACUGCACGAGUUCCGCGUCAGCGUGCGCCGGGGACGCAUCUCGCUGGACGUGAACAAAUACCCAGUGAUCUAUGGCCGUAUCCCUGAAAUCGCUUUGGCCAUCGAGUCGCUGGUCUACACACCGCCCAUUGGUUAUGCGGGGCAAGACGUGAUGCGCAUCAGCGGGAGCUGUUCCUCAGUGACUUUGGAGAUGACCUUGAACAUAGUGAAGGGUUUCCUGCCGCCCUUGAUCAGUUGCUGCACCGGUGGGACAGUCCUGGAAGUGCACCGCGCCCUUUCGCCCGCACCGGUGCCGCCCUGCGUUUUGGAGAGCAACGCCUAUGGCGAGAUUCCCGCGGUGGCGCAGGUCACCUUCCGCAGUGACAUUGGACAGCUGGCUUUUUGGCCUGUGCAAGGUCUCUACUUCGACCACGGCUUCGACGCGGUGACGCCCAUGCACAACGUCUCCUCGCAAAUCGUCUGCGACGGCCCUGGCACAGUGCUGCAGCGGGGUCUGGGAUCGAAGCUGGCCAUGCUUCACGUAGCGGAAACGGAGACCAGGACUUCAGGAGAACUGGUGAUCACAGUGCUGGAUGCCCGGUCCAACCUAUCCUCCACCAGCAUGUGUCCCAUCCGCGUGUUGACGGACCGCAGAGAGGGCCUUCCGAUGAUUUACAUCGACAUGCCCACGCCGAACGCCUCGUUCUUGCUCUCGGGCACCUUGGGUGCGCGCACAGCGGACGCGCUCUCCGGGAUGGAAAUGGCCGUGCCCAGCUUCGGCUUUAUCUCAGCAGCACCAAGCACGCCAUGCUUGGUGAAGCUGGAGGUGCCCCGCGGCGCCCUGGUAGCACCGCAUCGCUCUCAUCGGAUGGACGCCACAGAGUGGACGGAGGAGCGCCGGGGCAGCUACCGGCUGCUGGCCGACAGCGUUGAGGCAGCCACGGAGCUGACGCAACGGCUGCGCUUCCGGGUGGCCGAGGAGGAGAUCGACAGGCAGCCGCUAGUGGUGCCCAUGACGAUCUCUGUCUUUGCCCUUCCCAGCGGUCAGAAGAGCGAUAUGGAGAAAGGGGUCUUGAGAGACCAGCGUGACUUGCAACUCUCCAUGUCCUCAGAGCCAUCCAUUCCCAAAUUGCACAUCCAUCAGCGGCAGCUACACGUGCCGCGGCCACCGCAACGUGUCGAACUGGCACAGCUGGAGAUGCAACUUCACUAUCCACGAAGUUUCGUGCUGCAGCUCUCAUGCGACGCCUGCACGUUCCACGACGGCUCCCUGUCCACCGCUUCCGUGUACCAGGUCACCGGUCUGGCGCCGGUGCUGCAGAGGCAUGUCGCAAGUAUGGAGAUGGAGGUGACUUGCGCCAACUGUGAGGCGGAAGUCGUGUUGAUCAGGGCCUGGGACCCAAAAACCUUGGAACUGCGCAACGAAACGAUGACAGCUAUGGGCAGUCUCAUCGCGCAGGCUUCAUGUCAGAUCAUCACACGCAGCAGUGCAGUGGCACGAGGGCCACCCCUUUUACGUCGGAGGUGCAGGUGACAGUAUGCCUUCGUGCUUACAUGUCCUGCCUUCCCUCUUCUGAUGCUGCCGGCGGCGUGCCUAGCGAGCAUGCGAUCUAUCUGUUUUUGUUGGAAAAAA